AUAAUUAACAGUGGUCAGUUGUAAAGCAGAACGUUAAUAUAUCAUAAUUGAUAGUGCCAGUGUUAUACUGAUAUAUUAAUUAUUGGUUGUUUUUUUACUAUUUAAAAUGACUUCUGUUGGAGACGGAUAGAAUUCAUAGGACUGAAAAAUCAACUUUCGAGUAUCUCAAGGGUGAAAAAAAACAGAGUGGUGCGAUCAGCUUGUGGAAAUAAUUACCAGUGGUCAGUUGUAAACAAGAACGUUAAUAAUGCAUAAUUGAUAGUGCCAGUAUUAUACUGAUAUAUAAUUGUUGUCUUUUGGCGGCAACAUGUAAUCUGGAAUCCAUCAUACAAGACAUUAGGAUGAUCAAUUAAAAGUUUUACUCGAUAAAGAAUGCAUGUUACAACAAAAAUAUUCCAUUCAGUAUUUUAAGUAUACUUUUGAAAAUCAAUAAUUUUGCACGGAUUAGUUCAUAGAGAAUGUUUUCUGGGAUAAUUUAUAUUGACAUAUUAUGUACAUUUCAUGAAUGUAUCAAAUCAAACUUAAUUUUACAUCUAUCAAUGUCUACGACAUUUUCGCUCAAAGGAUAGCUAAGAACAACAAUCAAAAGCGUGGACAGUCCCUAUUGGCUUCAAAAUAGAACAACAACAACUUGAUCUUUUUUUAAUACCUUGAAAUAAGAAAAUUAAAACUGUUAAAUAUAUGAAGUCAGAACUAAGCUUUUGUGUAUUUCUUUAAUAUGAAUGAAGACAGAAGCAAAAAAUCAAUGUUAUCAUAAAGAUAGAAAUUUAGUGACUUAUUUUUACUAUGGAUAAAGAAAUGCUUCGGAAUAAUUAAGUGUAAUAACACCACGUUAAGAUACUUAUUAAUUCUUGUUACAAACAUGUGUCAAGACCAACUCCGUCUAUACAACUGUGAUUGGAAUAUGAAACAAAUGUAUUAGUAUUCAUAAUUAGUACAGAUCAGCAAGUGUUCGGAAGUACAACUUAGUCAAUCCGCAAUUCAAAAAGCGAACAUCAGUCCGGAAAAACAUAUAAAGGUUGACAGUCCUUUAUUUCAAUACUUAAGCUGUUUUGCUGCUGUUUGAUUUGGAUCUACAUACCGCAAUAGAACAAUAAAUUCAGAAAAUCAAUCAGAGGGAUAAAUGUACAUUAAAUCGGAUUUCCCAAUACACAGAUAAAACCACUGGUAUGCUCUUGACAUCUACUAUGUCAUCACUACAAAAUAUAUCGCAUAUCUUUAUUGAUAAUCUGCAGGUGACGGAAUCUAAAAGAUCGUCUAUUGAUAUACUUUGGCGAGCAACUGUCCAAAGUCCACUUAAUCUUCUUGGGUAUCGAGUACAUUAUCAGAAGAUUGCCAGUUCAUAUAUUCAGUAUGGACCUCGUUUGCCACCAACAGAUCAUUCCUAUAGUGUAAACAAUCUUGUACCAGAUACUUACUACAAGAUUUGUCUGUCAAUGUUAAGAAAUGACAGUUCCCCUUACCAGAAAUGUGUUACAGCAUCAACACAAAGCUGGGACCUUCCUGUAUCAGUAGGAAGCAGUAUAGGGGCUAUUCUUGCUUUAGCUAUGAUAGUGUUAUUGAUUCUAAUGAUCCGAUGUAAAUCUCUUCUCCGAUGUAAAAAGACACAACAUAAAAGUGAUUACGAUACGGUAUCCCCACAUUGUAAUGAUAAUGUGUUUAAUUUUAGUGAAACUCACAUCGACGAUGAUGCCGAACAACAAACUGACUUACAGGUAAACGACCAGAAGCCACAUACAGGACACGACCAAGAUGGUACAGUUUCUGGUGCCAUUCCAAAAGUACUAUCAACACACCAUGGUCAUUCAAAGCAUAGUCACAAAUGUAACUGUGGUAUGCAGGACAAAUAUCAUGGCUCAAAUCCGAAUGGCUUUGUACAGCAGAGAGACAAUACUCCUAAACCAUAUACAAAUAGCUACCAUGAUCAUUACCAUGAUAAUGCGAUAAUUCUUCAUGUGCAUGGUAAUUCAAGUCCGGAUAAUGAGACUCAAUCAUCACAUCUAAAUUCUGGUACUAAAUAUAAUGACAAAAUUAUUACUCAUAGUACAAUAGAACCGAACGACUUAGAAGAUACUUUUUCUGAUCAAGCAAAUAUUUUUCUAACAUUUCAAAAUGCAGAUUCUAGUUCUACCUCCACAGCAGAAGACUUGGAAAUGACAGACAUAUCGCAUGAAAUACCCAGUGAAAAACAUUUCCAGACUUCGCUUGACGCUGGUUAUGUUUGUAAAUAAGGUUGUAAUAAUUUAUUUUAGAUAAACUUUUUCUCAAUUUUGUAUUAGAUUAGAUAUUAACUUUACAACAUUUCAAGUGUUUUUAUUGGACAAACAACAA